GGUCAUACUCCUUCCACUAAUUCAGCAGGUCCUCAUUGACCGUUCGCUAGCUGCGCUCUACAGACAUUAUGGAAGCAUUUCAGCUUCUUUCUCGUGGAGGUGCACGAUUUAACAAACAAAGAUUCAAGUCUGACGUCCAAAUAUUCAAUAAGGCUGCACCACCAAAAGAUGUCAAAGGAAAGGGGGUCCUGACACAGUUACCUCCAGAGCUAGACUUUUUUAAAUAUGCCAAAGCUUCUUCCGGGAAGCGCAAAGCUGAGGACAAAGAGAGCGAUGUUCAUGCCGAAGGCAAGCAAGAAAAGAAACACCGCGUGACUGCCAAAGGAUCAGAUGUGCCUAAACCAAUUGCGUCCUUCGAGGACCUGCGCGAACGAUAUAACGUCCCUCCACGUCUACUAUCAAAUCUUUCUGAAAACAGUUACAAAUAUCCUACUGGAAUCCAGGCUCAUGGGAUUCCAAUUCUGCUCGAGCGCCGUGACCUCGCUGCCAUCUCGCCGACUGGUACGGGUAAAACUCUAGCAUAUCUGACUCCCAUCAUAUCUGCCCUGGGUUCCCCGAUAUCUAGUACGAAGAACGACGGAGGUCGUGGAGUUAGAGCUGUGAUUCUUGCACCGACUCGGGAAUUAGCACACCAGAUACACAAUGAGUGCCUGAAACUCGCCGCUGGGCGUAAAUGGCGCACGGUCCUGUUUAGCAAAGCUACAGCUAGUACCCUGAGCGACAAGAACGUGAGAGACAAAGUAGACAUCAUCAUCAGCACGCCCCUUCGGCUAGUGGUCUCCAUUCAGGAAGGAAACCUGGAACUGAAUAACGUGCAGCAUCUUGUAUUAGAUGAAGCCGACCGAAUGCUUGACCCUGAAUUCUUGUCUCAAGUUCAAGAAGUUAUCGCAGCAUGUACUCAUCCGAACAUACAAAAAGCGGUCUUUUCCGCUACUUUACCUGCUGGCUCAGAGAAACUUGCGAUGGGUAUCCUCAGGAACCCUAUACGAAUUAUUGUUGGUCUUAAAGACACACCGCUCCCUUUGAUCGCACAAACUCUUACAUAUGUGGCCGAUGAUGCCUCUAAGCUCCCAAGUUUGUUAACGUAUCUUUCUCAACCAUACAAUCCACCUCUACUCGUCUUCACAUCUACUCAACCAAGAACAACGUCGCUUGCAGAAGAGUUGAUAAUGAACGGCAUUUCAAAUGUGGAUUGUCUUCACGCCGGGCUAACAAAAAAACAGCGUGAUGAGGCGGUGAGCAGGAUGCGCCGUGGCGAAAGCUGGGUCAUGGUGACCACAGAAGUCAUGGCUCGUGGCAUGGACUUCAAAGGCAUCCGGGAGGUGAUCAAUUACGAUUUCCCAACCAGUGUCCAGAGUUACGUCCAUCGAAUAGGCCGUACAGGUCGCGCCGGGCGGGAAGGGAAAGCCGUGACUUUUUUCACAGAUGAAGAUGGACCCUUCUUGAAAGCUAUUGCCAACGUGCUGUUACAGUCCGGCUCUUCUGUCCCAGAAUGGAUUCUUAAACUUCCGAAACCAUCAAAAAUGAAGCGAAGACAGAUGGGCAAGGUGAAGCGAGAAAAUACUGUGAAUGCGGCCCGCAAAAUAGGUCGCAAUGAUGCAAUUAAGAAGAGGGACAUGAUUGCGGGCUCGAAGAGGCGGAAGGAGAAAGAGCUUCGUGAGACCGUUAAAAACAACGGCGUCGGGGAAGGGGAUAGAUCAGAUAAAUGAUUCUUCUUUCGAAAAUUUAAAAACAGCACUGGUAUUCUGAGAUUCUUUGAGCUCUUGGAAGCUUGAAAAUGCUAUGUAUUUCCUUGCAAGGAACUAUCCCUGGUCAAGAUAACGACUCAUUCGAUCGGAAUGUACAUAAUGAUAAUCGAUGGUGAAGGGUGAUGAUGAUGUGAAGAUGUGACAAAGAUCAUGGAUUUCGGAGCCCUGAAGGUUUGCUU